AUGUCGCUCUGUCUCAACCGCCUCCAAGAAGAACGGAAACAGUGGCGUCGCGACCAUCCUUUUGGCUUCUUCGCAAGGCCAGUGCGAGGCGCAAAUGGAGUCCUAGACCUCAAGAACUGGGAAGUGGGCAUACCGGGAAGAGACAACACCAUCUGGCAGGGUGGACUGUUCAAGUUGACGCUCACGUUCCCCGAUGAAUAUCCUACAAAGCCUCCGAAAUGCAAAUUUGUCCCUCCGCUUUUCCAUCCGAACGUGUACCCUUCCGGCACAGUCUGCCUCUCGAUUCUGAAUGAAGAAGAAGGCUGGAAGCCAGCAAUCACCAUCAAACAGAUUCUCCUGGGAAUUCAGGACCUGCUGAAUGAUCCCAACCCGGAGUCUCCCGCCCAAGCCGAUGCAUACAAUUUGUUCAAAAAGGAUCGGGCUGCGUACGAACGGAAGAUCAAGAGCAUAGUGAAGGAAAACCCCGCACCUUGA